CACUAACCCUAAAAAGCAGAGGAUGGAUUCCUAACUUCAUUCGCAAAAAUAGCUCACCGAGAUCAGACGAGAGAAAACAGACCCGACGGCGGGCGAACUUCAGAUCUGUCUCAGUAGUUUGCGAAGUGAGUUAAUGUUUUACAUGUUGAGUAAAAAGUUUUCAUCUACAGAGGCGGAUGGGUGACUGCCAUUCUCGGCGCUUCCAUGUGAGAAGACGAUGAAGAAUUACAACAGCAGUCCUCGUCUAAACAACCAGACCGCGAAUCACAGCCGAGAGAGAAACAACAGGAAGGGGUUUUGGUUAUCGACUCUCGGGCUUCGCUUCUCUCUGCGCGAUUAUGCUUACUGUAUGGCCACCCUGCUGCUCUUCUGCCUGGGUUCACUCUUUUAUCAGCUGAACGGAGGACCCCCUAAAGUCCUGCUGGAAAUCAGGCAGUACCUCGGAGAAUCCACUUUUGUUGAUGACCACGGACCACCUGCACCGAGGGUGCUGCCAUUUCCAAGUCAGGUGAUCUAUAACAGGGUGGGAAAGUGUGGAAGUCGGACAGUGGUUCUACUGCUGAGGAUUCUAGCAGAAAAGCACCAGUUUAACCUUGUCUCUUCUGACAUUCAUAACAAAACCAGACUCACAAAGCAUGAGCAGGUCAGUGGAUGGGUGGAUUUAAUGAGGAACAUCAGCACCAUUCCUCAGCCUUUUCUGUACACGAGACACGUUCACUUUCUCAAUUUCACAAGGUUCAGGAUAGAUCAGCCUGUAUAUAUAAACAUCAUCAGGGAUCCCAUUAACCGUUUCCUUUCCAAUUACUUUUUCCGACGUUUUGGGGACUGGAGAGGAGAGCAGAAUCAUUUGAUCCGUACGCCCCAGAUGAAAGAUGAUGAGCGAUAUCUGGAUAUUAAUGUUUGCAUUAUGGAGAACUACCCAGAAUGCUCUAAUCCACGCCUGUUCUACAUUGUGCCAUACUUUUGUGGACAGCAUCCUCAGUGCAGAGAACCAGGUGUUUGGGCUGUGGAGAGGGCCAAACAAAAUGUUGUGGAGAACUUUCUCCUCGUGGGGAUUUUGGAGGAGUUGGAGGAUGUAUUGCUUCUGUUGGAGAGACUCCUACCUCACUACUUUAGUGAUGUCCUAACCAUCUACAAAAGUCCAGCAUUCUGGAAGAUGGGGAAUCUUACAGGAACUGUAAAGAAGCACAUGCCCAGUUUCGAGGCCCUGCAGGUGCUUUACCAAAGAAUGAAGUACGAGUACGAUUUCUACAACUUCAUUCGUGACCAGUUCCAUCUCACCAAGAGAAAGAUCGGCCUCAAAUCCACCUCACAGACCUCCGCUCAUGAACCUGACUUUCUUCGUGAUCUUGCCCUCAGAACCCAUGAACCUUUGGAAGAGGAGGAGGAGGAGGAGGAGGAGGAAGAGGAGGAAGAAGAGGAAGUGGGGGAAGAGGAUGGGAACAUUUGGUUGGUUCAGCCUUGAGCAUAGCUUUGUAUGUGAAGGCAUGGCAGAUAUCUCAUAAACUUGAUAUCUGUAUCCAAUCAGAAGGUUGAGCCAACAUUCCCAGUGGACAGUUGGGUGUGUAAUUGUGAUUCCCGUGUUUUCUACGGGACGGCCCUCUGAGACAUUCUGCUCUCUCAAGAGGAGCACAAGAGGGUCUGAAUAGUUAUAUUUAAGGAACUGAAAAUUAAGGCAAAUUUUGUACUGUUCAUAUGUUUAUCAAAGAAAGCUGUUACAGAGUUGUGGUCAUUUCCUGGUGAGAUGAUAUGAGAUUGGGAUUACAGGGAUGUUGCUGAAAGAAAUAACUAUGGUAUACUGUAGAGUUAUCUAUGUAUGAACCAGUUUCACUCCAGGCACUAUUUCUGUAAACCUUUGUGAAAAUUAUUUUAUUGUACAGUAUGGCCUCAUACAUGGAACCUGGGUGAUCUCAGUCUACACACAUGAACUGAAGACACAUUGUCCCACUUACACACACAAAUACAGUCACAGAAUGCGCAAUGGACCUCAAACACCUUUAUGAGUGAAAGUGCCAAACUCCAAAAGUGCCAGAUAUCACUGCAUUACUGCUGUUUGCUGUAACCACCCUAAUAGAGAGUAUGCAUUGAUGUCACUUUCCCACGUGAACAUGCUGGGACAUGCCCCCUUGAGUACAGGACACGCUCCCUUAAAGUCCCAGUGAAAUAAAAAAUAACUGCCUAUUUUUUCAUUAAAUAUUGCAGCGUUAUUGUAAAUAGUUUAUCAAUGUGGGUCAUUCUCUUUUUAAAAUUUGUGUGCCCUCAAAAUCUUUAGUUAAAAUCUGAAAAUGCACUUCCUUCCUGUAAUGACUAUCCAUCUCAAAUGACAUAUGUUAGACUGCUUGCGCAGAGCAUCCGUUAACUCCUCCCCUUCAACUGUCAGUCUGCUGCCAGUUCCAUUUCUAAAUGCAACAGCUGUUUUUGUACAUCCAAUCAAAUCGCAGAGAAAGACGAAAGUCACGGCCACUAUUUUUCUCAUUAGAAAUUCCAUUUCACUCAGAAAUGCGUCAAAAUGCAGAAGUAAAACGAUCGCAACCUCUGGUUCAUGGGGACUUCAAGCAGCAAAACACGCAGCAAAAUGGCUGCUUUCAAUAGGAGAAACAAAGAAACGGUAACUAAAACACGCUAUUAUGUGCUGAAAUUAAAAACAGUUUGACUCGACAGUGAUCCUUACGACUUACAAAGGAACCGGGUGUCCUUGGACACUGAAAUGUUGUGCGGAAUUGCGUUUCCUGAUAUUGUAAGCAGCCAUUUUGCUUAGUGUUUUGCCACUCAAGGGAGUGUGUUUUGGCGUGUUCACGUGGGAAAGUGAGGUCACGUGCAUAGUAUACCCUCUAUUAACUCAAGCCACAAAUCAGAUCCGAUCAUUGCCCACUCCCCCUGGAUCAAGAAACCUCCUGCAACUCUGUGCCACAAUCUCAAUGCUAAUUUUUUUGGGAAGGAUCUUUCGAACAUAUUGUACAAUAACCUUAACCCUUCUGAAUGUCAGGAUGUUUAUGUCAAAUGAAGCACACUUGAAGGUUUGAGAUGGAUGUUAAACAUUUUCUGUACCUUGUCAGUAUUUCUCUUCUGCAUAUAAUAGGGCCCCAAAUUUUUCCCAUUAGGUACAUAAUCUGCGAAGGAAAAAAUAAUACCUAAAUGUCUGUCAUUAAGUCACCCUCGUGUAAUGUUGUAAUAUGUUACUUUUUCCAGUCGAAGCCAACGGGGAAUCAAUUAUGAACCUCUUUGUCAUAUAAAGCACAGUUCAUAGUUAUUGAUAUAUGUGACCUUGUCUGUGAAAUCUAGACUCAAGUCUCAUGAUCAGCCAUUAAUUUGACUCAGUCAAUAUUAAAGAUAUAAAUUAUAUAUUUUCACAGAAUGUUCUUGACAUUAUGUAGAAUGAUUUAUGUAAAAAACAGACAGGGUCACAUAUGAAUGAUUUUCAUAAUUGUGACUCAAAUUCAGUUUUCUUCUACACAUAGAGCUAUAUUGAAUGGCACCUGAAGUCUUAGAAACUAUGACACACAAGUCAUAUUGACUACUUAGUGCCUUUAUCCUGUUUGGGGAAAAGGGUUCUAAAAAUGUAUAUGAUGAGUGCAUCAAAAAUAAACACACAAAUAAAUUAUUUUGAUGAUAAGGGGAAAAUGUGCGUGCUCAAUUCAAUGCUGUCAGAGAGGAGAGGAGAAAGGGUUUAACACAAAUGUGAAAAUUUGAAGAAUUUCUUAAGAAGUUCCUCAAGAAGACCCCAUUUAUGUCUAAAUGACUGAUAUGCUCAACAGAUCACCACAAAUCCACAAGGUUCUUCAAGUGUUUUAUUGCUGCUUGGUCCACCAUUUAAGAUCAGUCUACCUGUGCAUUUAUAUAUCAGUAAAGCAACUAAAUACAUUUUUAUACCUACAAGCUCUCCCAGAUUACCAUUUAAACUUGCCAGUAAAAUAUACAGAUGUAUCUAUACUUUUGUGUUCAAGGUGGAUUUUUAUAUUGUUUAAUUUAUUGGACAGUAUUACGGUUGAUGAUUGCAUUCCAUGUACAAUUCUCAGGAAAAAGAUCAGAUAUAUUUUUGUGUUUCGGCAUCUAACAGCUGGCAAAUACUUAAAACAUCGGAUACUUGCAGGUUAUUUAAACAGCUGCAUUGGCUCUUUCAGAUACAAAAACUGAAUAAAUAGCUAACAUUUUAAAUUAACCGCACCUUUACUGGAAACUCAAAAUAA